UGGGUGUGUUUACUGUUAUAUGUUUAGAAAUGGAUCAUGUAAAUUGUGAUCACACUCACUGCACAACUGCAAACAAAUCCGUUUGUCAGACUUUAUCGGAAAUGGAAUGGGAGAGAGGAAUAUGGAAUGCUGCUUUCAAUGGUGAUAAGGAGAAAGUCAACAUGUUAAUCCAGAAAGCAAAAAAUGCUAGAGAAUUUGUGAAUAUGCCAGACAAUUCUGGGUAUACCGCAUUGCACUACGCUGCACGUAAUGGACACGUAGACAUAUGUAGAACACUGCUGGAGACUGGAGCUUGUGUCGACGCUCAGACUAGUGGGAUGGCUACACCACUUCAUAAGGCUGCAGUUGCAGGUAAAGCUGCUACUCUAAAAUUCCUUAUUCAGCAUGGAGCAAAUAUAUUGAUGCAAGACACAGACGGUCAGACUGCUCUUCACAAAGCCGUAGCUAACAAACGUACAGAGCUGAUCAACAUCUUAUUGGAAACAUGUCCUGAACUGGCCAAUGUUCAGGACAAGAGAGGUCGUGUGGCAACUGAGCUUUCACAGAACUGAAUAAUUUAAUACCUACUUGAAGAUACUUCAUUGGUUUGAAUGAAGUUCAGCUUAUGAGACAUUUUUUCUAUUUGUUUUGUUUUCUAUAAUUUAAUUAAUUAAGUCAUAUAUUUGUUCCUGAGUCACGGAUGUUUUCUAUGUAUAUAAGUAUUUUAUAUAUUAUAUAUAUCGUUGCCUGAGUACCCACAACACAAGCCUUCUUGAGCUUACCUUGGGCCUCAGUCAAUCUGUGUAAGAAUGUCCUAUAAUAUAUAUAUAUUGAUGGCACAUCCCUUGAGAUUAUGAGUUACACAAAUCUAUUUCUAAGCUUACUACGAUAGGUGUAGGAGACCUUGAAAAUCGGGCCCUAGGCAGGUACAAAUGUGUAUUUUUAUUUUAUAGUAACAUACACAUAUUGUGUGGGCUCCAUUUCCAUAUCGGAAAAUUCAGAAAUAUAUGUGGUAUAGGUCUAAAAUAAAAUAAGUAUUUAUUAAGUUUACAUUAUUUUAUGUUAUAUUGAUGAGAAAGCCAUAGUUAUUUUAUUGACAUCGAAAUGUUUUCUUAUUUAAUAUAAUUUAGUUUGUGGAUCUUACGAAGUUCACUCUGUAUUUUAUGUUAAUCAGUUGUUUAUUUAAUUGUUAUUUUUGUAUACAUAGUGUGGUGUGAUAUAUUGUAUUUAUCUUGCAACCCUAUUACAGUACCUAUUCUUUACAUUUCGAGGUUGUACGACAUUGCGUUAGAUUUAUUGUAUGUUAUUAUUGAUUAUUAUGAUUCUGUGAUUUGCCCAAUAGGUACUUUUUGCAUAGAAAUUGAAUAUAAAACUUAUUUGUUAUUUAUCAUUAUUAUUAAUCAUUACCUAAAAUACACAAAGGUUUUGAUUUUAGUUAGUAAAAAAUAUAAUAGGAUAUUUUGACCAAAAUGCCAUUUUAAAGAUACUGUUUUUAAUUUAUUAAUUGAAGUCAUGUUACAUAAUGUUAAGAAAAUUUUGAAAGAAAAAUAUCAAUAUACAUUUACAUUUUGCUAUUAAAUUCUAUUUUAUGUAUAGGUUAAGAUUUAUAAUGACAUUUCAUCACAAUAUAAUUAGAGCAAGGUACUGUAAGGACCACGCAUUUAAUGAGUUAAAAGUGCAUUUUCCCAAAUACUUUAUCCGCGUGAAAAAGGGGUCAUCUGUCGUCACCUUAAUUGCUCGUAGCAUCUCUCGACGUGUAAUUGAUAUUUACUUUAUACAAUCAAAUAGUUAUUUUUGAGAUCGUUUGUCAAGCUCCUCUAAGGCCCAGCAUAUUUGCCACUGGAAUGUUAACAUAGUACAGUGCAGAGAUCAGAAUAUUGUUAUUUCUAAUGGAACAAAUUAAAACAAAUGCAACUUCGUUCCAAUUAAAUAUGAUUCUAAUUAAAUCGAACUGAACAUGUCAUUAAUCCAUAUAUCCUUGGGCCGUACAAUGUUAAAUCUUUUUGGUAGUCCUAUCUAUAUCUAAGCCUUAUGCCUAGUUUACACCUAACGGUGACGGAUUCACGAAGUUAUUGUCAUUGUGGUGCAAAUGGUGCAAUGUGUUUAUUUAAUUAUCGAUUACUUGAAAUACUUACUUGUUAAUUAUAAGAACACGUGUUUUAAUGUAUAGAUGUACCUAUGUGUUUUGAAGUUUUAUGUCCAUUCCAUUCAAGGGUUAGUCUUAAGUUUUGUCUUAGAUAGGCAAUUUUUACUUUAGGUAGGUACAUACCUUCUACUCAAUCAGGAAUUGAUAACAGAGUAAAGUUUCGUUUGUUACUGCAAUUUAUCAAUGAUUAAAAGAAAACUGAAUAAUAACAUAACAUUGGUAGAAUGUUGGUUUUUAUGCUCAUUAAAGAAUGUAAACGAACAUGUGUAUUUAAUUCUCUGUUAACAAUAUCUUAAUCGAGUACCUACAAGGAGAAGUAGAAAUGCCUAAAUAUCGUCAAGUGUAAACAAAGCAUUUAUUUCGUAAUUUGGACAAUUUUGUAGCGGUUAUCGCAUAGUAGGAACAUAAUCAAUUUUAUAUUUUCCACUUACACCUUUGUACUAAUAAAACGCAUGAAUGUAAA